AAUUACAGUGUCGGUUACGGAGUUUAAACGGUGGUUUGGCAACAGCUCCUUAAACAACAGAAGAAGAAGUUCAAACUGUCAGAUUUUGAAUGUGGGAAGUUCGGAAUCUCAGAUGUCAGCCGAUGAAGAGGUGGGUGUGAGUGCAGAGGAGUUGAGGAGGAAACUGUACCAGAGUCUGAAGAGAAGAGGAGUUCUGGACACUGUGAAGACUCAGCUCAGGAAUCAGCUGAUCGUGGAGCUUCAGCGUGACACGCUGCUUCAGAGGUCUUGUGAAAAGUCCCAGUCGCUCUCAGUGCUGGCCUCCAACAGCCUGGUGAUCCAUCACCUGCAGAGCUCCGGCUAUGAAUACACCCUGUCUGUGUUUUACCCCGAGUGUGGCAUCAGUAAGGAGCAGGUGUUUUCAGCAAAGGAUCUUCUUCAGCUCCUGAGGAUCAGCCCACAUUCAGAUGUGUACAGAAACCUGGAGACAGAUUUACACAGUGGGCAAGAAGGGAUGUUCAUGUCUCUGCUCUCGGAGUUAAUAAAUCAUCAGCUGCAGUCUCCAGUUCGUGACGUCGACACACAGACGUGCGACACGGAGCCGUCUGGAGAAUCGAUCGUGAGGAAGAUGCAGGUGAUUGAUGAAGAGUACGAGGCUAUGAGGCAGAAAGGCCGGCGCUGGGCCUCGGUGGAAGUGAAACUUGCUGAAUACAGGAAGGAGAUGGAGGAGCAAGCUCAAGUCCAGCUGAAAUCCCAGAUGCAGCACUUUCAGGAGGUGGAGAUCUCCCGGGUCAAGAUGGAGGAGAGGCAGAAAUGUGCGCAGGAGGUGCUGGAGAUCAGACGGCAGCUGGAGAAGAACUACGAGAUGAAAUCUGAAGCCCUCAUGAGCCGAGAAAAAAACGCCAUCGAGAGACUCCAGAAACAGCAACAGAUAGAGGAAAGGGAAAUGUAUGUUCAGCGUCAGACUCUGCUGAAGGAGAUCCAGUCUGUUCAACACCGAGAAGCUGAACUGAGGAUCAACAUGGAGGCUUUUCAGAGGUCCUGUAAGCUGCAUGAGGAGAAGAUGAGAAGCUCAGAGGAGCUGUUGAGGAGGAGAGAGCUGGACGUGAGGAAGCUGGAGGGCUAUGAGCUGAAGCUCAACAGCGAGAUCAGGAAACAUCAGCUGGAGCUGGAGGAGGAUUACACCAGGAGGACCCAGGCUCUGAGGGAAAGCGAGAACAAAAACAAAGAAGAGACGGAGAUGAUUCAGAGGGAAGCCGCCAUCAUCAAUGCCAGGAGAGAGGAGUACGACCGAGUCGUGAGUCAGCUGACCAGGGAGCAGGAGGAGAUGAAAUCAGCACAAGAGAAUAUGAGAGUAUUAAUGCUACAGAACGCAGAGCUGAAAGAGAAACUAGAGGGCGCUAGAGAUUAUUCCACCAUUCAGAGGGAGCACAUGGAGCUGCAGGCUGAAGUUCACUUGCUGAAGAGACGUCUGGAGGAAAGUCAGGAGGAGAAACAGAGACUCCGUCAGGACUUGAACACACCUUCUCCAGAACUUCUUCUGCUGCAGGCAGAACUGAAAAGACUCGAAGCAGCUCGACGUCUGGACCAGGAGGACUUCCAGAACCAGAAGCAGGUGUUUCAGGUCCAGCUCAUGCAGGAGGUGGAGCGAAGCACCCAGUUAAAGGCUCAGCUCCUGGAGUGUGAGGAGAGGACCAGGUGGAUGUCCACACACACUGACGAGCUCAAACAGCAGCUGAAACAAACACAGCAAGCUUUAGAGAACGAGGUUCUGCGCAACCCUAAACCUUCUCUGGUGGACCGCUCUGUUCUCGAUCUGAACCCUGCUAGCACGGUUCCCGCCGAUGCUUACGUCCAGAGUUACCAUGACGAUUUGUGUGACCCAGGAGCAGCUUCCAGCAGGUGGCGUCGCUCACGCACCGACGGAGAGGAAGUGCUGGCAGAAGCUCUGAGCAGGGUUCAGGAGCUGGACCAGGAGGCAGCGACUCUGCAGGAGGUGUACAGGAACUUUCGCGGGAAAGGGGUCGUGUCUCAUGUUCUACUCAAGGACACUUCCUCUCCUCCCCCUCACACACCUGCACACUUCUUCAGGCCGAUAGUAACGCAGAAAAACCGACUCCAAAACGCUUACCCCGAGUCAGAACCGAACCAGAGCUUACCGGGUCACAUGACUCCACCCACAGUGGGCUCUCCUCCAAUCAGACGUCUUUCAUCGACUCCAGUCUCCGCCUCCAAAACCAAACCGAGAGCACACACUGAGCAAGUGUUUUCAGGUUUGAGUUCUCAGAGAGAAGUGUCUCCGAUUCCUGCACUCAGUUCAGAGGAACACACACACAUCACUCCACCAAGCAGCCCUCAGCUGAAGAGCACAACCCGAGAUAACUGCAGUCCUCCAAAUCUGCAAAUGAUCUCCAGUUCUUCUCGGGGGUCGUCACCACAGCCUGAAAAAAUCUGCAUUCAGGACCUGACCGAACCUCAAACAGAUUUGCCCUACAGUUCAGAAGAUCAGGUGGAGGAAGCACACCGUGUGCUUCAGUCUACUGCUGAAAGGAUCCACAGGGAGGAAGAAAAGGAGUGGAGAAUAAAAGAGGAAGAGGAAAGGAUGAAGAAGGAGGAGGAGAAAAAAAUGAAGGAGGAAGAAGAGAGGAAGAGAACGAAGGAAAAAGAGGAGGAGAGGAGGAGGAAGAGGAGGAUGAGGAUGGAAAAGGAGAAGAUGAAGAGAAAGGAGGAGGAAGAGGAGAGGAUGAGGAUGGAAGUGGAGAAGAAGAACAGGAGGAUGAAGGAGGAGGAAAAUGCGGUGGGUGAAGGAGGAAACCAAGAGGAGAGAACUGAGAUAAGGAAAGUGGAGGAGAAAGCAGAUGGAGAGAUGAAGGAGGUUCAGGAUGAUCCACUACGCAAAUACAUGCUGCUGGUGAUGCAGGGGAGAGAGAGAGAGGGAGAACAGAAGAAAGACGAGUCCGAGGACCAGAGUCCUGAACCAAUAGUGCUGUCUGAUCACAAGGACGACAGCAUCACUGCUUUUCCCCAUGAUGAAGCUGAUGAUGAUUUCUGGUGAUUUCAUAAUUGAUCAGUUUUAUGAUUUUUGUUCUUAUUAUUUGCAGUUUAUUGAAAUAAUCACAUUUUUUUAUUCAGUAAUUUGUGUGUUUUAUGUGAUGUUUUUAUUUAUUAAAAUUAAGUUUUUUUUUAAAUAAACCUGUAGUUUAAUAUUUUAAUAUUAAUCAUCACUGUUUGUCUUCAUAAUUACAUUCUGUAUAUAAAACUUACACAUAAAAACUGUUAAUUCACCUGUAGAUUUAUUUGUGUUUAUUUAUAUAUAAAGGUUUUUUCUGUUGGUUAGAAAAACAACUUUGUUCAAUUUAGUGUUUUGAAUAAAGAGAACAGAACAUCA